CCUUUGCGUACACUCGUUCACGCAGUCUCGUCUAUCAUCAUCUAUAACAACAAUUCAUCGGCAGAUUACCGAAAAAGAACAAGGAGACAAUAUGAAGUACAUCACUGCAACUCUGGCCUUUGCCGUCGCCAUCGCGUCCGCCCAGGAUCUCUCGACUAUCCCGGCAUGUGCUCAACCUUGCAUCGACUCAGCUCGCACAGAGGCCACGGACUGCGGCGAAACCGACUACAAGUGCAUCUGCAGCAACGUUGAAUCUCUAACCGCCGCCGCCACUACCUGUGUCUUGGAGGACUGUGGUCAAGAUACCGCCAUCAACGAAGUCCUCCCAGCUGUCCAAGCUUUCUGUGAGGCCGUCAAUAACGGAGGCGGCGCAACAUCUGAGCCUACUUCAGAACCUACGUCCGAGCCUACAUCUGAGCCCACCUCUGAGACUACCUUUGUGCCUACUUCCGAGCCGACUGUCACAGAGGUGCCCACCAGCGUCUCGAACCCCAUUACAAUCGAGACCCCUCCCCUCAGUUCCACCCCGGGCGGCAGUAAUGCCACCGCAACUACCUCGUCCACUUCCUUAAUCCCCACCGCUGGUGCUGCUGUCGCCGGCUCCAUGGGCGGCUUUGCCAUGGUGAUCUUGGGCGCUUUGGCUGCUUUGUAAUCGGCCCCCGCGAGUUACAUUAGAGCACGAGGAUACAAAAUGAUGCGGAAGAUCUAAAGUUGGCGAAAGUUGUGAAAAACGUGUCAUGUAACCUAGUUGUACCAUUAAUAAUUUAGUAUGUAAUGUGUUGUUUCUGGCCUUGACACGGACGGGCUCUUCGAUUACGAUAAAGCCGUGUCAGGCGGAACGAUUAUAGCAUAUCAAUCUUAUGCUACUAUUCCCUGGGUAUUCUCAGCGAUAUCAAACAACAUCAUUCUUGAGUACUUGAUGAUGUGAAUUGCUCCUGUAGAACAGAAUCCAAC